AUGGCCAACGGACGCGUCCACUGGGCUGCCCUGGCAAACUCUUGGGCGGCCAACCGUGGACGUGAUGAGCCGCAACGUACGGCUGCAGCAUUAAAAACUAUUUAUAAUAAAAUAGUUAAAGGUGAACUGACAGUCAGGGAAACGCCCAGCGACCACGAUGGCGAGGCGACCAUCGGUCGAGAGCUGAACCUGACAGUGCCUGAUACUAGUUCUUCUAACGAUGAUACCACGAAUAUUAACCUGGGAAGUCCUUGCCCCAAUGAGGAAGUGGGCCCCAGCGAAAGAAGACCGGUGUCGUCCAUAGAAAACCUCUCCAAUGUCUCCUCCAGCCUGCUGGAUGAACAAAGAAAGAGAUAUUGGAGCUCGAAUGAAAUAGAGAGACUGGUAUCCAUGGUUCACCACUAUAAAAUCCUUGGGGGCGGACGAGUACAAUGGGAUGACCUGACUUCCGCUUGGGAAAGUCUCCGCCGUCCUGAAGACCCCCCCAGGAGUAAAGAAGCUCUCAAAUGCACUUAUGCGAGAGCAGCUCGGCAACGCAGACAAAUGCCGCAAAAUGUAGCUUAUACCUCAGCUGUGCUAAGACAAUCUGGCCCGCUCCCCGAUUUAGAACUUAGAGGUGCGGACUCCGAUGCACAACGCGAAGGUGUCACUACACAGGCAUUUGAGCGACGUGUCGAAAUGCCGGAGGUGACAGUAGAAUGUUCACCUGUGAUAAGACCAUCUAGUCCGCUCCCUAGAGAGGAGCUGAAUGACGUGGACUCCGCAUCACAGCGAGAAGACACUACUGUCCAGGCGUUGGAACACAUCGAGCUCUCAAAUAAUCGCAUAACAACAGAGUCUUCCCAAGACCUGUGCGAACAACAUCCAUUAACAUCCGGUCCUGAAGAAUGCCCUGUCGUGAACGACGGGCCCGUGGCCUUCGGAGCUCAGCCCAGAGAGGAUGACUCAAGUGCAGAGAGUUUAGAGCAUGCAGCACAAAAUCGGCAUAAUAGCGCACCAGUGGCAGAGGAUGCUCUCUCCAACAUUGGCAGUGCCGAGGAAAGUACAUCUACCGAAGGGAGCUCUACAACAGAGAGCAACCCAAGGUCACGUUCAACUCGUCACAGAGAGAGCAGCCCGCCAGGGUCGCAUGCCGAAGAUGCUGACAUGCGAAGGCAACGUAGUAAAGCCCUCCUAUGGACAAGCACUGAGCUUGCAAAGCUUUCUAACUUGGUUGAAGAACAUCGUGAAGCGAGCGGUCGCAUAAACUGGGACUCCUUGAGGAACUCCUGGGACAACUCGCUGAGUGGAAACGAGCCAGUCAGAAGCCUUGCUGCUCUGAAGAGUGCUUACGGGAAAAUUGCUAGAGCACUGGAGCGUGCCCAAAGACAAGCUCGCCCCUAUGAAAAUGCUCAGCACGAUGAACAGGAGGUGCAUGAGACUACGGAUGCCAAUGAGGAUGAUCAGCAAAUGAACGAUAUCGGCUCUGUUGAAGGAUUAGAUCGCGAAACAUCUGGUCCUGAUAGCGCGCUGGAAACAAGCGAAGCUAAUAGGAACCUACGAGAUCUAAUGAGAGAGCGAUUCAACCGCUACUAUCGUGUAGCUCUGGAAUCGCAUGACAGGCAGCCGAUAAGAAGACCAAAUGGAGAGAUCCCUGAGGAGAUCCUGCGGCUCGGGAAUGACAUCAUUCGCGAACAACUUAGCUGCAGGAACUCUACACGGAAGAAAACGCUGACAUCCUUAAAUGCUGCAGUGUACGCUAUUGGUAAAACAAUAGCAACUGUAGUACUUGAGGGUGAAUCAGAGAAAUCUGGUAAAACCCAUCAAAAGCUCAGGGAUCAGAAAGCAAUGAGAGAUUAUCUUAUAAAGGCAAUCUCCUUGCUAUCUCAUGAGCUUAAAAGAAGAGAAAGAAACCAGGGAGCUCCUAAGAAGCGAUUUCUGGAACUUUCUCGAUUGCAGAGAGUUAGCACCUCAACUGAAAUCCAGCGACUCCUUGUAAGAUACAAGGAUGAGCUAGGAAUUGUUAACUCCGCAAUCAAAGCAAUUCAAGACUCCUUGAAAAGGAUCCGAGAGCGACGGCGGGGUUACCCUGCUGUCGCUAGGGAACCACGCGAACAGGAGGUCAACGUCCCUGUUGCGGAAGUGCGCGAGCACUGGAAAUCUAUCAUUGGUGAACCGCAGCAAUUCCAACCUUCUGAUGACCUAAAAGCGUGGGCCCAAGGACUAGGAGAGGAGUCAAACAAUCUAGGCAUGGAGCUUCCUGAAGAGGUUUGGGCGAACAUAUUCGCAAAAAUCAAACCAUGGAAAGCUACCGGCCCAGAUGGCAUCCAAGGUUUCUGGUGGAAGAAAUUGCCGGAGGCCAAGGAGAGGCUAAAAAUGUGGUGUAAACAAGCACUGCAGAGACCUCAUCAAAAUAUCCCUAAAUGGCUAUGCCGCGGGAAGGUCGUUCUGAUCCCGAAAGGAAGCUCCCAAGCCAGAGGCCCAGGAGACUUCCGCCCGAUAGCGUGCUUGAAUACAUGCUAUAAAGUCCUAACAGCAAUGAUUGCUCAACAAAUCCUCAGAACUGCCAGCUCCGUGCUUCCGCAGGAGCAGGUGGCCUUACGAAAGGGAAUCUGGGGAUGUAUUCAUGCGCAUACGCUGGAUCAAACGAUCUGUAAAGAUGCUAUAAGACGCAAUAAACCGCUGCAUAUGCUUUGGGUCGAUAUGACCAAAGCGUUCGAUUCGGUAUCACAUGGAGCGAUUAAAUGGAUACUGGCGAGAUCUGGUGUGCCGUCCCCGACUAGGAGACUGCUAUCCGUGAUCAUGUCAAGGCAGAGUGUAAGAUAUUGCGGAUACCAGAAUGGACGUAUGGUCAGGAGCAAACCUCUGGAUGUCAAAAGAGGAGUAAUGCAAGGGGACACCCUUAGCCCACUCCUUUUUUGCAUGGCAAUAGCCCCCAUCUCGGCGAAGCUGCGGAAUUCCGUCAGCCCGUAUCGAACAGCCACGGGAGCGCUGUCGCCUAACAGUGAACCUUUAGAGAUCAACCACCAAUUCUAUAUGGAUGACCUAAAGGUCUACACAUCCAGAUGGGAUGAUAUCGCCAAAGCAAAACAAGGGAUAGAAAAAGUUGCCGGGGAACUGGGACUACAAAUGAAUCCCACUAAAUGCGCGGUAAAUUCGCUCAACGUUCCCCAGCAGCUUACCGCAACAGAGGAAAUGGAAAACAUUCCAGUCCUCGGCUCUAGUUCACUAUAUAAAUAUUUAGGAGCUGAACAGAAUGCCCUAAUCAACAUAGAUGAAUUAUGGACUAGAGUUGUUGCGAAGUCGGAAGCCACUGCAGUGAGGAUUAUGCAAAGCAACCUCACAGUUCGCCAAAAGGUGAACGGAUAUAAUCAAGUGGUGAUUCCGAAACUCAAAUACGCCUUCUCAUGUGUAGUCUAUGGAACAGGAAAGUUCCAGACAAUGAGAAAGCGCGCUAGAACAUUCGAUGAGACAAUACGCAAACUGUUGGCUGACUGUAAAAUGAGAUAUGGCCACAGUUGCACCGCUAGAUUAUACGCAAACAAAGAAGAUGGUGGGCUUGGACUCAAGUCGGCCGAAGAAGAACUAGAGCACACAGUUGUCUACAACUGGUGCUACGUGGCCUCCAGACCAGAGCUCCAAAUCCCCUAUCUACUUUGUGAGAGUCUCAGACGCAGUAACAAGCGAUCGCUCUCGUCCGACUUUUACUCUGUCUUGGCGGAGAAUAGGUUGGAAAAUGAAGUCACUCGUGACCCUGAAGCGACCAUUCAUGUAAGAGGGACACCAUACACGACAGCCACUAAAGCUGCUCGUGCGAUUUCGACCCUCGUCCAUGGACGUUGGGCUAGAACACGCCUACAUGAAUGGAAACAAAGGGAAGUUGCGAGUAGAGUGAUUGCUGGCAACACCUCAGGAAAUCCUGACUGUAUCUGCCUCAAGGAUUCUUUCUUGUGGUCAAAGACAGGAUGGGUUUCCUCGGAAGUACUGCGAAAUGUCUGGGCGGCGCAGGAAGGAUCACUACCAACAAAAGGUAGUGCAUCAGGUCAAACAAUUUGGCCAAAUAGCAAUCAACUAUGUAGACUGCGUUGCCCGGCUAAAGAGACUGCUGAACAUAUAGUCUCGGCUUGUGACUACUGGCGCACUGGGCUCAUGGUCAAUAGACAUGACGAAGUGGCCAGAGUAAUCUACAAGUCCCUAAAGAAGAAAUACGGUCUCAACUCAGUAGUAACGAACACACACGUUCCUCAUGUUGUUGAAGGGAACGACGUAGUACUACACUGGAACGACCGUAUACUCACAACAGAGUAUAUCAAACAUGAUAGACCUGAUAUUGUGGUUAGGGACAACAAAGCGAAGACUAUAUGGAUAAUCGAUAUAGCGGUUGCUUGGUACACUAGGAUUACCGAGCAAGAAAAGAAAAAGAUCUGUAAGUACGGGGUGAACAGUUGCCUGCCGCAAAACACGAGCAUAGACGACUAUCACCCCGGAUCCAACUUGAAGGCGGAUCUGCAAGCGCAGCAUGGAAUGAGCGUAGAAGUUGUACCAAUCGUAGUAGGAACUUGUGGCGAAUGCUCAGCCAAUCUACGACGGUACGUACGAUUGCUUAAUUUACCAGACAAAACUGAAGCAAUCAUUGAACGAAUGCAAAGAUGCGCUGUGCUUGGUACUCACAGGAUCAUAAAAAGCCACCUGUCCAAAGGAGACGGGUGGUGA